GAUUAGCCUAGCUCGAUGCUAAAAGCAUGGGUUUCCUGUGCAUGGAUUAGCCUAGCUCGAUGCUAAAAGCAUGGGUUUCCUGUGCAUGGAUUAGCCUAGCUCGAUGCUAAAAGCAUGGGUUUCCUGUGCAUGGAUUAGCCUAGCUCUAUGCUAAAAGCAUGGGUUUCCUGUGCAUGGAUUAGCUUAGCUUGAUGCUAAAAGCAUGGGGGUUUUUUCAAUGGAAAUUUUUCAUUUAGGUUUUGUUUGAGUUUUAGACUAGGCUUAAUCCACGUACAGGAAUCCAGCCCUUGGAGCUUGUAAAGGUUUUUCUGUCCCGCUGAUGCAGUAAUAUCACAGUGAAACAAGCAUUGAUGGCGGUCAUUUGUGGUAGGAUGGCGUUGCUGUACCAAAUGGAAUAGUAGAACAUGAUCUUUAAGUGCGCUGACUGCAGUGAUGCACCUGCUCAUGCAGUAUAGCCCAGGACACGGAGACAUAUUUAGAUACACAGGACGGAUGAUGCAUGUGCGGUUGCCUCAUCACCCAGUUGCGAUGCUGUUUCAGGCUCUCUGUGUGUUCUUGUGUAUAUUAUAAACCAAAGGCACUAAAGUCUUUUCUGUCUGUAUUUUUUUUUUUUUUUUUCAUUUUUGUACAUAAUCAUCACUAUACUUGUAACACAACAUUUUGUACAGGUUUUUGGUUAAGUUGAUCUACCUUAUCUUUAGAAAGUAUCAUUAGGAACUCUACAACUACUCUAUUACUAAAAUUAAACUAAUUUAAGAAUUAAUGACUAUGGGCCAAUGCUAAGACCCUAACUUAAUACAAAACCUGUAUCAUUAUUAAAGAAUGUGCAAUGUCUCUUUUGAUGUCAUUUAUUUAGGCAAUACCUCCCCUGCACAAAAAAAGCUACUUAACAAAGCAUAAUUCAUACAACAACAUAUAAUACAAUACAAUACAACAACAUAUGACAAGAUCUAUUCUCAGCGCUGAUGUUGAUACGGUCUUAGACAACUUUCAUCUUCUUUAAUCUGUUGUGUGUGUGUGUGUGUGUUCAGUUGAGGGAAAUAAUCACAAAGCGGCUUCUUUUAUGAUGGCAUUGAAACGUUCAGCUGGUGCAAUUUGUAUUUUUUGUUGUUAAAUAAAAAUUAUCGCUACUGGUCUUUUAUAUCGGUAGCUAUUAUAUUGGCUAAUUUAGAUGUGUGAUAAAAAACAGAAUGUCUCUCGAGAUUUAAGUGCGCUCUACAAAGCCUGUUUAAUAGUUUUGUUGUCAAAAGCGGUUAACAUUUUUCUGACCCAUAAAAUGUAAAUAAAUAAAUAACACAGUAAAGAAACAAGAUGCAUUCACUGCACAGAACAUCAGAAAAAUUGUUUCUUUUCACUGUGCCCUAGAAUUUCAUAAUUUUUUUUUUAUCUGAAAAAUGUUUUGGAUUUAUGGCACCAAAAACUACCUUUAGCACCAUGUGGAAUAAGUCACUACAUCACGUGCAGUCAUCUUUUCAUAUAUUCAAAAAUGAAUAAGCAACACUCCUAAUCUCUUGCAUGUAAUUUCUCAUAAGGGGAUCUCAUGCUUGACAACUUACAGUGCUUACAAGGUAGCAUGGAAACGUCAGUCUUGGGCUCCUAAUCAGAUCCUAAUCCAUCUCCAUUCAUGUCUCCAUUACAAUAGAUAGCACUUGGGGAAAGUAGCUGGAUAGCACUUUACAUUGAUUUGUGCCUUGGUAUUUGGACAGGGGACUUCAGCCAGGUGUGGAAGUGGUACUUUUGUUAACAUUUGUUGGUUUCUCAUAUGGUUGCUUUCAGUAGAGGUAGACCUCUCAUGAAUGAAUCUCAGAAGCGGGAGAGAAAAGCCAUUCUCCUGGCCCUCUGCUCAUGUUUCUGUUGUUAACCAUGUUGGGAGAAAUAUUACAUUUCAUAAAUUCUUGUCCACUAAGGUUGUUGUGUUUUUUAUAUUGUAGUAUGUCGAGUGUGUAAUGUUUGUAUGUGUGUGUUUUUAUGUAUGUAUGUAUGUAUGGUUGUGCAUGUAUUUUUUGUUUGUGAAGAUUGUUCUCUUUUGGCUUGUGGCAGCAAGUCAGUAAUGGAAAAAAAAAAGUUUCAUCAUUAAGUUGUCCUCCUGCUGUGCACCUUUGUAUUUAUACGAUGUUGUACUGUUUUUUGGCUGUAUGUGUUUUACUACAAAUAAAAAUCGAAAUGAUACUGAA